CACAAGGGCCCUCUGCGUCUCCCGAGCCGCAGGCGCAGGCAGGCCCAGCCUAGCCGGCCUCCGAGCAGGUGCAGGCGAACCGGCCAUCACCGCCCGGCCGCGCAGUGGACACCGUGCGCACCGGCCUGCGGCGCCUCCCGAGCGGGGCAGACCACGGAACCGGAGGCCAUGUCCCAUGAAAAGAGUUUCUUGGUGUCUGGGGACAACUAUCCUCCCCCUAACCCUGGAUAUCCUGGCGGGCCCCAGCCACCCAUGCCUCCCUAUGCUCAGCCUCCUUAUCCAGGGGCCCCCUACCCACAGCCCCCUUUCCAGCCCUCCCCCUAUGGUCAGCCAGGGUAUCCCCAUGGCCCCAGCUCCUACCCCCAAGGGGGCUACCCUCAAGGCCCCUACUCCCAAGGGGGCUACCCUCAGGGCCCCUACCCCCAAGGGGGCUACCCUCAGGGGCCCUACCCCCAAGAGGGCUACCCACAGGGGCCAUACCCUCAGAGCCCCUUCCCCCCUAACCCCUAUGGACAACCACAGGCCUUCCAGGCACAGGACCCUGACUCACCACAGCAUGGGAACUACCAGGAGGAGGGGCCCCCAUCCUACUAUGACAACCAGGAUUUUCCUGCCACCAACUGGGAUGACAAGAGCAUCCGACAGGCCUUCAUCCGGAAGGUGUUCCUGGUGCUGACCCUGCAGCUGUCGGUGACCCUGUCCACGGUGUCUGUGUUCACUUUUGUCCGGGAGGUGAAGGGUUUUGUCCGAGAGAACGUCUGGACCUACUAUGUCUCCUACGCCAUCUUCUUUAUCUCCCUCAUCGUCCUCAGCUGUUGUGGGGACUUCCGGCGGAAGCACCCCUGGAACCUUGUUGCACUGUCGAUCCUGACCGUCAGCCUGUCCUACAUGGUGGGCAUGAUUGCCAGCUUCUACAACACUGAGGCAGUCAUCAUGGCCGUGGGCAUCACCACGGCCGUCUGCUUCACAGUGGUCAUCUUCUCCAUGCAGACUCGCUACGACUUCACCUCGUGCAUGGGCGUGCUCCUGGUGAGCAUGGUGGUGCUCUUCAUCUUCGCCAUCCUCUGCAUCUUCCUCCGGAACCGCAUCCUGGAGAUUGUGUAUGCCUCACUGGGUGCUCUGCUCUUCACCUGUUUCCUGGCAGUGGACACCCAGCUGCUACUGGGGAACAAGCAACUGUCCCUGAGCCCAGAGGAGUAUGUGUUUGCUGCACUGAACCUAUACACAGACAUCAUCAACAUCUUCCUGUACAUCCUCACCAUCAUCGGCCGCGCCAAGGAGUAGUCCAAGCCCCCAACUCGCUGUGUCCCAUCAGGUGGCAUGGCUGGCCUGGACCCUGCCCCUGGCAUGGCAGUGCCAUCUGUACUUCCCCUCUCUUUCAUCCUAGGCACAGCCUGGGGCAGAGAAAGCCCCUCUCCAACCCUCCUUUAUGUAUACUGCAGAUACUUCUCUUUGGACCCGCUGUGGCCACAGCAUGGCCCUUUUAGUCCUCCCGCCCCUGCCAAGGGGCAACAAGGCCACGUUUCCGGGCCACCUCCUAUUCACUCAUUGUUGCAUGAGCCCUGUCUGCCAGCCCACCCUAGGGUCUGGGGGCAACACCAGGUCCCAGGGGAGAGGGAUUGAGCCAAGAGCUGAGGGUGCACGUCUUCCCUCCUGUCCCAGCUCCCCAGCCUGGCAUAGAGUACCCCUUCCCCUCCCCACUGCACCCUGGAGUGCUGCCCUCUGGGGGACAUUAGUGUGGGGGUCUCAUCCCUGUGCUGAGCCCUGAGGGCAGAGAGGACGGCAUGUUUCAGGGGAGGCAGAAGCCUUCCUCUCACUCUGCUGUCGUUAAAAUGCCAAUAAAUGAGAUCUGCUCUCUGCCUUC